AGCCAGCGCCAAGGGGGAGGGGUGCAUGGUCCUUUGUCCCCGCCCCGGGGGCGGAGCCGAGGUUCGAGCCUGCAAAGCGUGGUCCUCGCGGUAGCCCAGCCUGGACCCUUACACUCCCUACGGCGCCCCGACCUUGGGAUUCCGGAAGACCGGCCCCCGUCGCUGUCCUUCGACCACCCAGCCCCGCAUAGGCUCAGGUGCAGCCGCCCCCCACCGGGCCGGCGCACUGGGCUGCGGCAGCCAUGGCGCGAGAAGACUCCCCUCGGGAUAGCUACCACCUGGUCGGGAUCAGCUUCUUCAUCCUGGGACUGGGCACCCUCCUCCCCUGGAACUUCUUCAUUACCGCUAUUCCGUACUUCCAGGGGCGGUUGGCAGGGGCCAACGGCACAGCUGAGACCCCGAGCACCAACCACACCGGUCCCACAGACACUUACAACUUCAACAACUGGGUGACGCUGCUCUCCCAGCUGCCUCUCCUGCUCUUCACGCUCCUCAACUCGUUCCUGUAUCAGUGCAUCCCUGAGGUGGUGCGUAUUCUGGGCAGCCUGCUGGCCAUACUACUGCUCUUCGCCCUGACGGCAGCAUUGGUGAAGGUGGACUUGAGCCCCGGGCUGUUCUUUUCCAUCACCAUGGCGUCCGUCUGGUUCAUCAACUCUUUCUGUGCAGUGCUUCAAGGCAGCCUCUUCGGGCAGCUGGGCACCAUGCCUUCCACCUACAGCACCCUCUUCCUCAGUGGCCAGGGCCUGGCUGGCAUCUUCGCAGCCCUUGCAAUGCUCAUGUCCAUGGCCAGUGGUGUGGAUGCCCAGACCUCGGCCCUUGGGUACUUCAUCACCCCCUGUGUGGGCAUCCUCCUCUCCAUUGUGUGUUACCUUAGCCUGCCUCAUCUGGAGUUUGCCCGCUACUACCUGUCCAAGAAGCUGUCCCAGGCCCCAGUUCAGGAGCUAGAGACCAAAGCUGAGCUCCUCCAAGCUGAUGAGAAGAAUGGGAUUCCCAUCAGCCCCCAGAAGGCAGACCCAGCUCUGGAUCUUGACCUUGAGAAGGAGCCAGAGUCGGAGCUGGAUCUGGACGAGCCACAGAAGCCAGGGAAACCUUCCGUCUUUGUUGUCUUCCAGAAGAUCUGGCUGACGGCGCUGUGCCUUGUGUUGGUCUUCACAGUCACCCUGUCCGUCUUUCCUGCCAUCACAGCCAUGGUGACCAGCUCCACCAGCCCCGGGAAGUGGAGUCAGUUCUUCAACCCCAUCUGCUGCUUUCUACUCUUUAACGUCAUGGACUGGCUGGGCCGGAGCCUGACUUCCUACUUCCUAUGGCCAGAUGAGGACAGCCGGCUGCUGCCCCUGCUGGUGUGCCUGCGCUUCCUGUUCGUGCCCCUCUUCAUGCUCUGUCACGUGCGCGAGCGCACCCGGCUGCCCAUCAUCUUCAGGCAGGACGCCUACUUCAUCACGUUUAUGCUGCUCUUCGCCAUUUCCAACGGCUACUUGGUGUCUCUCACCAUGUGCCUGGCACCCAGGCAGGUGCUGCCACAUGAGAGGGAGGUGGCUGGAGCCCUCAUGACCUUCUUCCUGGCCCUGGGACUGUCGUGCGGGGCCUCCCUCUCCUUCCUCUUUAAGGCCUACUCUGAGGCCCACCAGUCCUCCCCACAGCCCUCUUCAUCAGUGCUCCCCAGCCCUCCUCUCAGCGCCGCUUCCGGAGCUGAGACUUUGCCGAGGGAAGGACCUCUGCCACGCUGGGCCUCUUGGUCUGUGGGUGCCAGGAGGGGUCAGAAACUACCUUGGCUCAUAGCCACAUUGCAUAUGGUGAGAAAGAAGACACCAGUGGUCAUCCUGCUCCUCACCCAGGAGUGAAACGGGACGCAGAAGGAUGGACCUCACUGAGACGCACGAAAGAGCGUAUUGGAAGGCGGUCAUCGGGAGAAAGGGUGCCGGGCCUUCCCUGCCACCAGAACUUACCCGUCCAUUCACCUCCGAGGGAGCAAAGCCCCCUGCAGGCCUUGCUGAGGACCCCCUGAUGGCCUCUACCUCAGCUCAGAGUGGGAACUGGGCCAGCUCCAGAACAACGCUUCCAUCCCCCGCACCCCCCAAGGCCCAUGGGGAGGGCGUGAGGUGCCAUGGAAGUCGAGGGGGAGAGAAAGCUCGAGCGACCAACUCCUGAGCCUCCAACAGUGUUUUCCAUAGCCAGUACUCCCUAGAGUCCAGACGGGCCUGUCUAACAGAAAGGCAGCUGGCUUGCAUGUGUCUGCACUGCACUCUACAGUUUGCAAAGUUCGCCAACACUCACAGAAACCUCAGUGAGAGCUUUAGAACAAGCUGGCUGGGGAUUGUGCCUCCCUGAGGCGUCAUGUGACUGGUCAAUGGAGAGUGAGGCUACAGCCUCCUCCUUGUAGGUGCUGACCUCCAGCCCACCACUGGCUUCUUUCCUCGCAGGUCUCCAGGCAGGUGCCCUGGGCACUUGCUACCAUCUCUUCACCCCAUUUUUCCCUCUGACCCUGUCCCCGAGACCAAUAAAAACUGUUCGUUUUUAUGAUGGA